UUUGCUCGCAAUCGGGCCUCAAACACAUACGCAAACGACACGCGGGGAGAUAAUGGCGGACUCGACUACGGAGAUUGAUCUCGAUUCGGUCAUUGACCGGCUACUGGAAGUCCGAGGCAACCGACCUGGCAAACCCGUCCAACUGCAAGAAUACGAAAUCAAAUACCUUUGCACGAAGGCCCGAGAGAUUUUCAUCAACCAACCCAUCCUUCUCGAGCUGGAAGCCCCCAUAAAGAUCUGUGGCGAUAUACACGGUCAAUAUUACGACUUGUUGCGACUGUUCGAAUACGGCGGGUUCCCACCAGAAGCCAACUACCUCUUCCUCGGCGAUUACGUCGAUCGGGGGAAACAGUCGCUCGAGACCAUCUGCCUACUCCUCGCGUAUAAAAUCAAGUACCCCGAAAACUUCUUCAUAUUGCGAGGCAAUCACGAGUGCGCGAGCAUCAACCGCAUCUACGGUUUCUACGACGAGUGCAAACGACGGUACAACAUCAAGCUAUGGAAGACCUUCACGGAUUGCUUCAACUGCCUUCCCAUCGCUGCCAUCAUAGACGAGAAAAUAUUCUGCAUGCACGGCGGUCUUAGUCCGGAUCUGCAGUCGAUGGAGCAAAUACGACGGGUGAUGCGGCCCACCGACGUCCCCGACACCGGUCUGCUUUGUGAUCUCUUAUGGUCAGACCCAGACAAGGACAUCACUGGGUGGUCAGAGAACGACCGAGGUGUUUCCUUCACGUUCGGGCCAGACGUUGUGUCAAGGUUCCUGCAGAAGCACGACAUGGACCUGAUCUGUCGUGCGCAUCAGGUGGUGGAAGAUGGCUACGAAUUUUUCGCGAAGCGCCAACUAGUAACGCUCUUCUCCGCGCCGAACUACUGCGGAGAAUUCGAUAACGCGGGUGCGAUGAUGAGUGUGGAUGAGACUUUGCUGUGCUCCUUCCAGAUUCUCAAACCGGCGGAGAAGAAGGCGAAGUACCCGUAUGGGGGGAUGAACCUUGGUCGACCGAUGACACCCCCGCGUAAACAGAAGAAGAAGGACGGGAAGAUGUAGACUGCGGCUUGCGCCGCCAUGUUGUCUCAUAUAUCCUUCCGUUUUUAUUUCCUGGUCUGUUUGCGUCUCACCUCCCCAUUAAGGUGGCGAAUAGGAUGCACGUGCGAGAGCGGCGGUGAUGUGAAUGGUGGCAAAGGCAGAGUGUGCGGCGCGAUCGGGUACGAUGAACAUCCGACCCAGGCGCGUGCUCCGCGCAGGAGAGGGCACUCCGACCGUGCUGUUGCGGCUGCUGGUCGCCGAAGCGGCAAGCUCACGCAAGGGCGAGAUAAAACGAGCGAACGAUGCAGCAGCAGGCGUGCGGCGCAUUCGGACUCGAACAGAACACCUAUCCCCUCCUCCCCCGCAUUUCCCCGUUCCCCUCGUUUUUUCGAUUACGCGAUACUGCCGCUCAUUUCUAUCCCUCAUCCGACCCAAGCAGACAUACGCUCUUGACGACGCGCAUGUUAAACCCCUCGCCGGCCGUGGACGUACAUCGCCUUAGAUGCAACUGCACCGUUGUUGUUCGCCACCUUACACACGUCUUUCGCCCCGCCAAUUACGCAACUGCCGCCACGCCUACGCUCGAUACUAGUCGCUUGUACUCUGAACCUAGUUUACC